UCCUCGAGGCGGGCUUCAGCGUGCCUCGCCGCCACCGCCGGGAUCCGGAUCUGUCUUAUACCUGCCGGCUUCCGACCGAGGUGGGCGCGACGGCCUCGACCCUGUCCCUGGAGUACACCGCGCCGCAGCUGCUGCCCCGGCAUGGACAUGGGCGUCGCCGCGCUGAGGGUGUGCACCAACGGGCGGCACGUCAUCUUCUACCUGCAGAUCUCCUCUGUCCGGAUCAGCCCGCACUUGAUGUGCCUGGACGCGCUCUCCGUCGCGCCGCUCCUGUCGGGCCAUCUGAACGGCACAGCGCGCAGGCUGCUGCGGAACGACGCCUCCCCGACGGCCGCGCUCUGGAGGACGGUCAGCGACGGAUUCAGCCGGCGCAUCUUCUCGGAUCUAUGCCUUGUGCACGGCGUGGUGCCGGGACGAGCCCCUACCUUCAUGUCCCUCCCGAGCGACAUGAUGGCGGCGAUCCUGGAGAGGCUUGCCGACGGGAAGGACCUGUUGAGGGUGGAGAGCACCUGCACCGAGCUGAGGCGCUUGGUGGCCGAGCCCGACCGGGACCGCCAGCUCUGGAUGCCCAGGUACAAGGCGCUACGGUUGAACUGGCUGUGGUGGUGGUGCUGGCCGCUCGGCGGCGACAGCGAUUCCCACGACGACCUGCCGGAGACGAGCACGAGCUGGAAGGAGAUGUUUGUGAGGGCCACGCGACAGUGGGAAGAUAGGCUUCUUGAUCGUCCUACUCCUAUCCUCGUCAUACGGCGGUUUUCUAUCCUCGAUGAGUUGAAAUGGUUCUUUCGAUCCGCAAGAUACCAGAGUACCGCGGCCUGCUUUGGAGAGAUGAUGACGGAGACGGAGACGGAGGGCGACGGGGGCAAGAGUACCAUCGGUCGCCGCCAUGGCCAUGGUAAGGCGCCGGUGACAGGCGGGCACGAGAAGCAGAAGCAGCAGGGUCGUCGCACCCGCACCGGCACCGGCGCUAUCCACUCCCCGUCUUCUAGGUACCGAUGGAAGCACAGGUGACCGGCCGGUCAUCCUUGCUCUGUUUGUUCACUUUCGCUUCCAGUUCUUCUGAUUUUCAGAAGCAUCUGCCUUUGAAUGGCACACUGAACUGAACUGUCUGUUCAUCGAUCACAAGAGUUGACAAAAAGGCAAUCUUCUCAUUUGCAUUUCACCGUGCUACUAUAUGUAAAUUGUACAAGAUCCAUGUUGCUGAUCCACUUUAUUAGAACAUUCGUGCAAUA